AUAGGCUGGUGGCGCAUUACUGUGCAGCGAUGGGUGUUUUCACGCGUCACCAGUGGGCGCUUCUUCCUGCGCACAAAGAGAGCAGAGCCCGGGGAUGCGCACAACGUGAGUCUCCGCUCAGAGGCACCACUGUCCUCUCCAGCUUCUUGGCAGCAUCUUGCGGAGGAGUGUAACGCGAGGAGGUCGGUGGAACACCCCGCCGUAGCCCGCGUCCCGCCCAGCCAGCGAAUCCGUUUCUGUGCUUUGGAAUUUACCGAGGCUGAGUUCACCGUCGGUCCCGUCCUCAAAACACCGAGCGCAGAAGAAGUGCAGAAGAGCGCAAACACUGCUGGAGCACAGAGGACGCUCUUCUCAGGCUCCCGAGAGGACAAGAGUCGCUGCGAGAAAUGCGCGUCAAGCAACACACCUAACGGAUACUGGAAUUACAAUCAAAGCAGUUUAAUGAAGAGGAAAAAACCUGCAUCUUCCAGGACAAAUUAAAAUUCUUGUAUUCAAGGGAGAGCAUUCCAUUCACAAGCAAUUGGAUGAGAGUCUCAUUAGCCCCUGGCAACUAAAGAUGAUGUUACCAUGGAAACAAAUUGUUCUGCUAUCAAUCACCGGAUGCCUUGCAGCCUGCACAGAGGAUGUCAUAUUUCAAGGGCCAACGUGGAGGAUGGAGCCAAGUGACCUCAUUUUACCGAUCAACUCCCCAGACCACCAGGCUACCAUCACAUGCGGGGCAGAGGGGAGCCCUCCGCCGCAGUACAGAUGGUCACUAAACGGAACACUCAUUGAUCUGGGGAAUGACUACCGGCGUCACAUGUCUGGGGGCAGCCUGAUCAUUAGCAACCUGGACAAGGCCCAAGACAGUGGGGUGUACCAGUGCACGGCUUUCAACACGUGGGGGUCCAUCCUGAGCCGCAGAGCCAGCAUCCAAUUUGCAUAUCUUGAUAACUUCAAGAGCCAAGCGGUGAGGAGUGCUGUCAACGUGCGGGAGGGACAAGGAGUGGUUCUGUUAUGUGGACCGCCUCCGCAUUCUGGAGAGCUGACGUUUGCCUGGAUCUUCAACGAGUACCCGCACUUUGUGCAACAAGACAGUCGCAGGUUCAUCUCUCAAGAGACGGGCAGUCUGUACAUCGCCAAAGUCGAGCCUUCGGACGUCGGUAACUACACGUGCGAGGUCAACAACACAGUCACAAAGGAGCGGGUUCUCAGCUCUCCAACACCGCUGGUCCUUAGGAGUGAUGGAGUCAUGGGUGAAUAUGAACCCAAAAUAGAAGUUCAUUUUCCUGAUUCCGUCCCAGCUGCAAAAGAAUCUGUGGUGGAAUUGGAAUGCUUCGCUUUGGGAAACCCGGUCCCAGAAAUAAGCUGGAGGAGAACCAGCGGCGUCCCGUUCCCCAGCAAAGUCAAAAUGAAGAAUUCAAACGCCGUCCUUGAAAUCCCUAAUUUCCAGCAGGAAGACGCCGGGACGUACGAGUGCAUGGCGGAGAAUCGGCGAGGCAAAAAUGCUGCGCGGGGUCGCGUUUCAUUCCACGCUAAACCUCAGUGGCUGCAGACAAUGUCGGACACGGCUCUGUCCAUAGAGGAGAACCUCUUCUGGGAGUGCAAGGCCAACGGGAAGCCUAAGCCAUCCUACAGCUGGCUGAAGAACGGGGAGCAGGUGAUAGCUGAGGGCCGGGUACAAAUCGAAAACGGAGCCCUUUCUAUAGCUGUGCUGAACCUGUCAGAUUCUGGGAUGUAUCAGUGUGUGGCUGAAAACAAACAUGGCAGCAUUUAUUCCAGUGCCCAACUGAUGGUGUUAGCGUCUCCUCCUAGUUUCUCCAAAAGUCCGUUAAGGGCCUUGCUAAAAGCUCGCUCAGGCAGCGAAGUCACUCUUGAAUGCAAGCCUCAGGCCUCGCCCCCAGCAAUUAGCCUGUGGAAGAAAGGGAAUGAGAUCCUGCAGAGAACUGAAAGGAUUACUUUGCUUCCAAAUGGAACUUUAAAGAUCGCCAACGUAACCAAACGGGAUGCAGCUGUCUACACGUGCAUCGCUAAGAAUCAGUUUGGGACAGCAAGUACCACCGGGAGGCUGCUCGUCACCGAGCCCACCAGAAUCACCAUGAGGCCCACUAACAUGGAGAUUAUUGUUGGCGAGAGCAUCGUGCUGCCCUGCCAGAUUGCCUGCGAUCCAGCUCUGGAUGUCUCUUUCUCGUGGGCAUUCAACGGCCAGCUCAUCAACUUCCAGCAGGACAGCGACCAUUUCGAAAGAGUGGGCGGGAGUAUAUCGGGGGAUCUGAUGAUUCGCAACAUCCAGCUGAGCCAUGGUGGGAAGUACGUCUGCGUUAUUGACACCGAUGUGGAGAGCCUGUCCACCUCUGCCAUUUUAGUUGUCAAAGGUCCUCCAGGUCCUCCGGACAAGGUGGCAGUGGAGGAAAUCACAGACAGCACAGCCCAGUUAUCCUGGACUCCGGGAAGGGACAACGGCAGCCCCAUUACCGGCUACAUCGUCCAGGCUCGAACGCCUUUCACAGUGGGCUGGCAGGCCGUAGACACGGUGCCAGAGGUGGUCAACGGAAACAUGCUGACAGCCACGGUGGUGGGUCUGAACGCCUGGGUGGAGUACGAGUUCAGGGUGGUGGCCCGCAACGCCGUGGGCCUCGGAGAGCCUAGCCCAGCUUCAGCUAAAACCAGGACGGAGGAUGCCAUUCCUGAUACAGCUCCCACUGAUGUUGGAGGUGGAGGCGGCACAAAGUCUGAAUUAGUGAUAACAUGGGAGCCUGUGCCCGAGGAACUGCAGAACGGAGAGGGCUUCGGCUACAUCAUCGCCUUCCGGCCCGUGGGCACGGUCACGUGGACCCGAGCGGUUAUCUCCACCCCCGGCGUGGCGCGCUACGUCUUCCACAACGACACCAUCCCUCCCUUCUCGCCAUUUGACGUCAAAGUGGGAGCCUACAACAACCGAGGGGAGGGUCCCUUCAGCUCUAUCGCCACCGUGUACUCUGCAGAAGAAGUCCCCAGUGUGGCUCCUAAGAGGGUUAGAGCUAGAAGUGUGUCUGCAGCACAAAUUGAAGUGAUCUGGGAAACUCUUCCCGCCAUCCCUGAAAGAGUGCUUGGAUAUGAGGUCGUGUACUGGGAGGACGACACCAAGCCUGACACGGUCGGCAAAGUGCGCAUAUCUGGAAACUACACACUGGUUAAUAUCACCGGGCUGAAAGCAAACACAGCUUACUACCUUUCCGUGGCUGCUUUCAAUACGGCUGGACCUGGGCCACAGUCGGUGCCCAUCAACAACACCACAAAGAAACCCCCUCCAGAUCGGGCUCCGCUCAACGUACAGUGGACGAUGAUUGGCUCCACUCUCACGCUGCACUGGGACCCUGUGGUAGCCAUGGAGACGGAGUCAAAGGUCACUGGGUAUUUGGUGCUCUUGAAGAGGCAUCGCUACAAUGACAUCACCACGAUCUUGACCAACAAAACCACAGCUGAGCUCAGCCUCUCAGCCAGCGACAACUAUCUGAUCCAGAUCAAGGCUGUGAGUGAAGGCGGUGAAGGUGUGGGCAGUGAACCCAUUCACAUCCACAAAUUAAGCAUGGGAGCGAGGGGCUCCGGAUCAGGCCGCCUCAGCCCGUUGGGCCACUCUGUGGUCCUCAUCGGUGCACUGCUCCGCUGCGUCUGGUGAUGUGUAAUCACAGCCUCUGGAGUAUCCUCCCUACCCUUCCGUCGCUUCAGUCAGCCUGUCCUGUGUUAACCCUCUGCUGGACUGGCACAAGUCCUGGGCUUCAGUGGCAGGACUGGGGCAGACCUGGAAAGGACUGGACUGCGCCGGAUUUUCAAAGGGACCAUGCCACUUCUUUCAAAGGACCGCCAGACAGAGACGUGAUUAUCCGCGUGCAUGAUAUCUUUCGGUAUUUCUUCCAGCAUCAUAAGUGCCACCAUGCUUUAGGUUUUGUUUUUUCAAAAUUCUGAUGUCUGCGUGACAUCUUCUUGGUAUCUUUGGAGAUACUUAUGCCUUAAAACCCACUUUACGUAUAGAGUCCAUACCAAAGGAGGUGAGGCUUCUUGCUUUACAGUUUCUUUAGCAGUGGAUAAAAUAUGUUUAUCUUCUCACACUCUUAAGCAGAAUUAACCAACAACCAUUGGCUGCAAUUUAUUAUCUCAAACAGUUAAUUGCCAUUAACCCAUAGGCACAUUUACCCUGUUUUUGUGCAGCUUUGGCCAAAAGAAACAUCUAUUGCAGGCUUAAAAGUUUUCUUUUACUCUCUUAAAUGUAUCAAAGAUGCAUAGAUAAUUGAUCGACUGUCUGAAAUCUCGGAGUACUGAAAUAAUAUUAAGUCUGUCUGGGAGCCACGGGCUCCUGAGCUUUAGGCCCUCUCCACAAUACUCUGAUAGAUCUUGGCAUUUUGCUGCCUAUCUCAUGCUACUCUAAAUAAUAAAUGCCUGUAACACACAGUGUUCUCAGUCUAGCGAAAAAGGCCUAAAUUGCGUAGAAUAGAGACGUGUGGUGUUAUGCUAUGUCAAACUGAUCCCAUGUGUACUGUUCCUCCUCUGCAUUUAGACGACCUGUGUUCUAGAUACGUUCAUCAUACCGCUGAACGUGUUCCAUCUGCAAAGCAGAUGACCAGCAGGCACGGUGCACAAUGGACUAUGGGAUAACAGUGCCUUCACUAGCACUCACUCCAACAUUUUUAUCUUUCUUUUCUUACCAAUAGCUUAGGAGAAAGAUCCAUGUCCAGCGGAGGCAUUGUUUGCUUUUCUGAAGAACUAAGUCAGGAAGGACAGGAAGCUCAGAAUGGAGAGGGAUCCCAUUAUUGGAAAUGUUGAUUAAAUUUUCAUUGAGAGACGAAAGCACCUAAGAUGGGGUUUGAAGCUUUAGGAAACCUGCAGUGGAUUGAGAUAUAUGGCGGAAAUCCUGGUCUCAGUAUGUAUGCUGUGUGAUAUAAUAAAUGUAUGACUCCAUCCGCAGCAUAAUUUAUGGACUAUUAAGGCUUCAGAAUAAUUGAUAGGAAAACUGUGGUGGAAAAAGCACUGACUGGAAAUGGAGUAAAAGGCAUGGCUGUCAUUUUACCCACCUCAUCGCCGUCUGUUGGACACAUACCAGACCGAAGAGUAACAAAAGAACAUUGCUCCUCUGCUGAGGGGGCUACUUUUCACACCCUUUUAUCGUGUGGAUGAGUCUGUCGGAAGCUGCCCAAGUAAGAGCCAAGCCUGGAAAUGUUCACGCGGAAGGAUGCAGUCGACCGAACUGCUACGCAUACUGUGCCUUUGCCAAGCAUGGGGCCGUGUACGGUCAUUAGCCAGAGACUGUCAUCGUCUGCAUUUUGCACUCUUUAACCCUCCCACCCCAAAGUCGAAUGAAAGCACAAGUAACUGAUACCAGGUGACUGAUGGUCCUCACUUAACCGUCUGAACAGGUGCGCAGACUGCAGAGGCCUCGUUA